CAUUAAUAGAAAACAAGGAAUUAUCAUUAAUUCGUGCUAAGAAGAGAAGUGACGAACUAGGUUUAAGCAACAUUUGGUUCAUUCAAGCAAAUAUGGAGUAUUUUACAGGGACGUUUAAUAUUGGGGUGGCGUUGCAUGCUUGUGGAGUGGCAACAGACAUGGUGAUUGAGCACUGCAUCAAAACACAGGCUUCCUUUGUGACAUGCCCUUGCUGUUAUGGUUUCAUUCAGAACACCUCAAAGUUUAAUUUUCCAAAAAGUGAACAAUUCAAGAAAACUUUAUCGUAUAAGGAACACAUGAUUCUUUGCAGAUUUGCAGAUCAGACAGCUGUCCAGCUUCCACCCCAACGAAGGCUCAUAGGAAAACAGUGCAUGUGCCUGGUGGAUCUCGAUCGAGCAAAAGCUGCAGAAGAACAUGGCUACUCUGUUCAGGUGAUAUCCAUGGAGCCUGAGAGCUGCUCUCCCAAAAACAACAUGAUCGUGGGAGUCCCUGUUUAGAAUGAGAUGCUCACAUGGAUGUUUUUGCCUUCCGUCUUCGUGAUGACAGCCCAGUGGUAUUCAGGAGGUUCUUGGCAUAACUAGGAAACAGCAUUAGCCAUCUUGAACCUAUUGUGCUCAGGAAGGAAAGCAGCAGGAAAGUCUGGGAAGAAAGGCUGCGUGCAAAGCAUCAAAAUGCUCUUAUAAUGUGUGAUUUAAGGACCACUGGUUUUCAUGACGAGAAUCCCCUGAAGACUCACUGCCAACAGAAUAAUACUCAUUAGUGGGGGUUCCGUCACUGGAGUAGCAAUUUCCUUCUCGGUUCACAGCUUUUCUAAUCUUGCCAAUGUGAUAUUCAAUUCUAAAUGAUGACUUGAAGCCUUUAUAGUCAUCUAGAUAUUGAAGUGGAACCAAAACUAGACUCAGUGGGGGUUGUUUGUUUGUAUUUUUAACAAUUGUACUUUUCUAUAACUUUUUUUAAAUCUAGUCAGGUAAUUACAGUAUGGUUAAAUGUUUAAGCUGGGAUGAGUUAGACUUGGAUAUCAUUUCAUAUAGUUCUUUUAAUAUAUUUUCCAUAAAUUAGCAAAUGAGAUCAUUUUACAUGAAGACAUGAAAUAAUUGCAGUAAAUUUCUCAUUAUGGGAGCAUAUAAUUUGGACAUAAAUUCUAACUAAUCAACAAACACAUUGAUUAGUUCAUUCAAGUCUGUAAGUAAUCUUUGGUGAUUCAUUGUUUUCAAGACCCUGGCCUAGAUUAUUCUAAGGAUACAACGAUGAGUUGUAAGAGACACAAUGCCUCGCCUAUGGAUCAUCUAGAAGAUGAUGCCUUUCCUAGUCUAAAUCAUCUAGAAGAAAAUGAUUAGUGAACUAGUUAAGUUCUUUAUAUCAUAAUACAAAACAGGAUUUGUUUCUCAUAUAUCAAUCAUAUUUUUUAUUUACUUUUUUUCUUAAAACUUAUGGAAUAUAAAUGGGAGGCAGGCAUAUAGGGUAGAGAAAUUCAUUUGAAUAGUUCUCCCUGCCCAAAUUCUUAUCCUGCACAUUCUCCUUAUUCCACAAGCCAAAGUUUUUAGACUGAUGGCAUGUCCUUUCUCACAUUAUUUAACUUCUACAUGCUAAUUGUUUAGCUGCUAAUUAUUUAACUUUUACAUGUCCUAGGUUCUUCUACUUGAGAUGAAAUUUUAUUUUCAUCAAUUUUGAUGUUUUCAACCCCUGAAUAACAACCCCUGAAUACUAUGAGGAGAAAGGACUUUAAUAAAUACCUCUUUUAUCACUUUAAUCCUAAAUUAUAGGAAUAAUUCAUGGAGGGUGGAAAGUUUGAACUCUUAUUUUCUGGGAUAGAAUUUAAGAAAAGAAUGAACCAUCAGCCCUGAGUAUUUUAGUCAUUUGUGCCUAUAGACACAUCAUCCUCUUAUCCUAAGCUAUGUUUUUUAAUUGAGGUAUAAUUUAUAGACAAUAAAAUAACAGAUUUUUAAGUAUUCAGUUUGAGAAGUUUUGACAACUGUAUACACUGAUGCAGCCAUCACCAGACAUAAGAUAUUUGCAUCAGCCCAAAGAGUACUCUCAUGUGCCCUUUUGUUAAUUUCCCACACCUCAAAGACAAGCACUUACCUACAUUUGUUUUGCCUAUUAUUGUCCUUCAUACAAAUGAGGUGAUUCAGCAUGUAGUCUUUUGUGUCUGACAUCUUUUGCUCAA